GAUUUGUUUUUUGUUUAAAUUCAAUUGUCAAGCCAACAAUGGCCCCGCUGCUUGAAAUCUGUAUCGAUUCCUUCGAGUCUGCCUCGGCUGCAAUCCGUGGCGGAGCAGAUCGUCUGGAAGUGUGCGCAGCCUUGAGCGAAGGCGGACUAACUCCAUCGGUGGGACUACUGCGGGAGAUACGAAAUUUCAUCCAGGACAACUAUCAAAACUCGGUGGUGCAGCUGUACGCGAUGAUACGCUGUCGCCGGGGAAGUGAUUUUUGCUACAGUGAGACUGAGAUGAAGAUUAUGCUGCACGAUUUGGCCCUGCUGGCUGAGAACGGCGCCGACGGGUUUGUGUUUGGAGCGUUGAACGAUUCUGGGGAAGUUCAUCCGGAGUACUGCACGAUGGUAAUGGUGGAGGCAUUGAAACUUAAGAAGCCGGUUACCUUUCACAGAGCGUUUGAUUGUACCGAUCGGAGCAAGAUGUUGGAUAAUUUGACACUAAUUGAGUCGUUAGGGUUUACCACGGUUCUGACUAGUGGGUUUGAAAGUACAGCUGUCAAGGGAAUCGAUAAUCUGAUGGAUAUGAUUAAAUUCGUCGAAUAUAACACUGAUCGAUCUCGAUUAACCAUCAUGCCUGGAUCGGGAGUGUCACCUGGUAAUGCACAGGAAAUAGUUCAAAAAACUGACUGCAAGGCAAUUCAUGCUUCGGCUCGAUCGAUGAAAAUGAACCCCAAGAACCGAAGCUCCCUUUCGAUGGGUGGCAAUGCGGAUGAUGGUGAAGAUUUUCUCGUUUGUGACGAGGCAAUUGUGAAGGAAAUCAAAAUGUACAUCAAUUCAAUCUGAUGAUGGGAUGUGAUACACUUCUACGGCAGAGAUCUUCCACAUUCCGCAUUGAAAAAAAUUAAAAAUGUAUAAAAUAUAUGAACUAGACGUUA